AUGCUCAGACCCAACGCUCUUCCCCGCCCCCCGGCCCCCCCCCUUUCUUCCCCUCCAUCCUUCACAUUUUCACCCCGGAUGACGAACAACACAGGUCAACACAGAAGUCAACUCUUCCCCCAUCUCCCCCCCUUGCCCCCCUUCCCUUCGCUCCCCCUCCUCUCGCCCCUCUCCUUACCCUCCGUCCUUCACAAUUCCACCCUGCUUGUCGGCCAACUCAGGGAGCCCUAUCUCACGCACACGCUGGGCGGCAGUUAUUUGUCCACUAGCAGCCGCGAGAUCAUGCGGUUGGAGGAGAAUCUGGAGCGGGUGGCAGCGUGUCUCGCUGCCAUCCGCCGCAUGUGGCCCGACCUCCCCCAAACCACUCUGGACCUCGCCAAAAUCGCAUUCAACCGGCACCUGCGCCAACCCACCUUCCCCUCGACAUCCGCUCUCUCCCUCCCUCCAUUCUCCCUGGUGAUCUCCCCCCUGCUCUCCCUGCCCCCACCACCAUGCCAUCAGGACAUCGGCAAGGCAGUUCUAGAAAGCUACUCUCGAGUGCUCGAAGGGGCUGCCUCUAACAUCCGAGCGCGCCUGCGAGACGUGCUUCACGCAGAUCACCUUUUCAACAACCCCCAGCUCUUCCCCUUGCAAGACGCGCCCUCAGACCCUCGCCCGCAGCACCUGCGCCACCCCACCUUCUCUCUCCUCAUGCCAGACACUGUCUUUGACGCGGUUUCAGUUUCUGGAGGGAGUGAAUCUUCAGCGAGUAUUCGCAGCUUUGAGUCGAGCAGGAGUGGGAGCAGCGGGAAGGGCGGGAGGCAUUUCCGGGCGUCGCAGAGUGGUGGUGGUGGCGGUAAUUCGGGGGGUUCCUCUUCACGACCGCCCCACCCACCCAAUCGCUCCGCUAGUGGUGAUUGGACGUAA